AUGGAUACCUCAUUUGCAGGAUUUACUUUUGGUGCAGAUGAACUUGCAAUCAAUGGUAGUUUUAGUGCUUAGAAACAUCCAAGAAUAAGCAAAUGUUCACCAUUCUAUAGAAUGAAUAAACCUUAAACGUAAAUUUUAGGAUUUUUAUGUAAGUGAACAAAAACCACGUUUGAGAUUGCAUUCUCCAAAUAAAGAAAAUGAAUUAAUGUAGAUUAGAAAGCCUGUUAGAGUUACCACAUCUCCACAUUCUUAAAAUUAAAUGAGUUACAAAGAAAUUUGUGCGCAUUUAAUUUAACUGUUCAAGAAUUAGGGACGAUUAUAUGAAUAAUUAAUCAUGGCAGAUAAUGUAAAUAUUCGGAAUCAACUUCAAAAAGUUUAGCUCAAACAUGAUUACUACUGCAAAUUGUAUAAUUAAUAAUGA